AUGCUUUAAACUAGACACUUGCGCUCAAUAAUUUUAGUGAAUUAAGGUAGUUUAGGAUAGUGAUUUAAACAAAAUGACUAGUAAAUUUAAUCUUGAUCCGAAACUCUUUGAGGAAUUCAAUAAAAUGUCGAUGGAAGCUAGUGAAAUUUUUCUCGGAUCGAAAAUAGUCGAGAGAUUUGACAUGCCAACAUCAUUAGAGUUCAUCAGAAAUCAUGUCAGUAAGAAUUUACCACUUGUCAUUCGUAAUGCUUUGACAGAAACAACAGCUUUUAAGAAAUGGAAUUCAAAAUACUUAAGAAAGAUGAUUCCAGAGAAGGAUGUCAAUGUAGCAAUCACACCAAAUGGAUAUGCCGAUGGAAUUGCAAAAAAUAGCAGGGAUGGGAAGGAGUACUUUGUGAUGCCUGAGGAAGCUACAAUGACUAUGAGUGAUUUUUUAGACGCUUUAGAUGACAAAAAAGGACCUGUCCAUUAUAUCCAGCGACAGAACUCAAAUCUUACCGAAGACUUUCCAGAACUCGUCGACGAUCUCGACUAUUCAUUAAUAAAUUUUGCAAAAGAAGCAUUUGAUAAAGAACCAGAUGCAAUAAACUUUUGGAUGGGAGAUUCGAGAGCAGUAUCGUCAAUGCAUAAAGAUCCAUAUGAGAACAUUUAUUGUGUCAUAUCAGGUUUUAAAGAUUUCAUACUUAUUCCACCUGUCGACGUUCAUCUUAUUCCUCGUUUAACAUAUCAAUCUGCAAUUUAUGAGACAGACGAUGAUGGUGUCAUGAGAAUCAAGCCAUUGUUUGAUGACUGUCAAAAGCCAAUAAUGAUUGACUGGGUAUCAAUAGAUCCACUAUCUCCAGACCUGAAAAAAUAUCCACAUUAUCAAAAAGCCAAUGUUCAUCGAGUACGUAUUAAUGCUGGUGACAUUUUAUACCUUCCAACUCUUUGGUAUCAUCACGUUCAGCAGUCACACAAAUGCAUAGCUGUAAAUUAUUGGUUUGACAUGGAGUAUGACUCACGAUAUUGUCUCUUCAAAAUGAUGGAAAGAUUGUGUGGCUAUCAAGUUGAUGAAUGAACACAACGAAUUUGAACUUAUAGACUUUUUCCUACAUUUAUUAAAUAAAUCUGAAUUUAUUGAUGUUGAUUGAAAUUGCACUGUGUUAAAAAGUGAAUAUAAAUUUUGUGAAUUGUAAUAGAGCUGCUGACUGUGUGGAUUAGUCUAGAAUCCAAUGUAACCGAAAUUUAUAUUUAAAUAGCUAUGAACAAUUUUUGCUCAAUGAAGUGAGAUCUAGUAUCGAUAUUGGCUAGUUAUAUUAAGGAAAUUAUUCGUGCCUAGGUUUAGAGAGACACUAAUGGUUGUGUUAAAUAGAAUUUUUGUCAAGCAUUCAGCAGACAGCUCUGACUUGAACAUCAUUAAUCGUUGAAUUUUUCUGAGAUUAAAUUUGACAAUAAAUAAAUAAAGUUGUAUAUUUUUCUUUCCUUUUAAAGU